GGCUCGUUCAAGCGCGUUAGUCAACCUGGUGGCGCCGAAGAACCAACUGUUGACGACGAAGUAGUAGUCUGGAAACGAGUUGUGUGGGGAAGCGUCGUGCUCGGGGAAAGGAACGGAAGGAGAGGAACGAACGCGCGAUUACACGGGCCCCCGCAAAUCGAUUCGGGUUUAAAAUAAAUUCGGUGACACGAGUGACUUUCGAAUUUUCAAAAAGAGACCCCGUGUGUCCGGGACACUCUCGCGCGGCUGGAUCGCGCGCGCGUCCAAGUGAAUCGUAAUUCGUAACAGGUGAGAAUGGUAGCCAAAGACCCGAAGAUGGUCACCGCGGAGUUGAUGAACCCGUACGAGAAACCGCCUAGCAUGUCGGUCGGCCAGUCUAUGAGGACCUUUCUGUACAAUCGCGAGACCGGCGCGUUUAUGGGCAGGACCGCCAGUAGUUGGGGUAAAAUUGGACUUUUUUACUUGAUAUUUUACGGCGUUCUGGCAGCACUCGUAGCCAUUUGUUUCUGGGGAUUCUUUCAAACGCUCGAUCCAAGGAUACCAAGGUGGCAGCUUGAGAGAUCCAUUAUUGGAACAAAUCCAGGAUUAGGAUUCAGGCCAAUGCCACCGACAGAGAAUGUGGAAAGUACCCUGAUUUGGUACAAAGGCACCGACAGCGAAAACUUCAAACACUGGAUUGAUUCAUUGCAAGAUUUUCUCAAAGAUUAUAUAACACCUGGAUCUGUUCUUGGUCUUGGCGCUAAUAUUAACAAGUGCGAUUACAAUCAGCCACCGCCACCCGGAAAAGUCUGCGAUGUCGAUGUGAAAAACUGGCAUCCUUGCACCAAAGAGAACAGAUAUAACUAUCACAAGUCCGCUCCAUGUAUUUUCCUUAAGCUGAACAAGAUUUAUGGCUGGAGACCAGAAUUUUACAACGAUACUGAAAAUUUGCCGCAAAAGAUGCCAGUCGAUCUCAAAGAGCACAUCGCAAGUCUGAAAGGGAACAAUUCUCUCCAACUGAACACUAUUUGGGUAUCCUGCGAGGGUGAGAAUCCUGCCGAUCAGGAGAACAUCGGACCGAUCAAUUAUUUGCCGCGACGCGGUUUCCCCGGUUACUUUUAUCCUUAUGAAAAUUCCGAGGGUUAUCUAAGUCCGUUGGUCGCAGUGCACUUUGUCAGACCGCGCACCGGAAUCCUGAUAAAUGUCGAGUGUAAGGCUUGGGCGAAGAAUAUCAAGCACAGUCGUACCGACAAAAUUGGCGCGGUUCAUUUCGAGCUGAUGAUAGAUUAACGAAAUCUGCAAGUCUGUCUUCAAGGCUGUUCGCGCGGUCUCCUAAACCGAAAUUAACGAGCGUCCUCGAGGCUCUCGGGAUGGCCGUUAGGCAAAUUUUCAUCUUCCAAAAUUACGAAAUUGCAAGACGAGCGAAUAUCUCGUCGAGAUAUCGAAUCUCUCUAGCCGAAUCAAGUACAAAACAGAGAGGCCUUUUGCCACGCGUUUCGCCUCCGUGCAAUCGGCGGGAAAAACUUUUGGGAACGAAUGAAAAAAGAAAUGGAGCAACCGAAUCUCAAAGAAUUAUACACCGUUUAUCGCGUGCCUUCCUUUACUCGUAGGCGCAAUUUAUAAAAACUGACCAAUUCAUAAUAGAAUAUAAAAGAAUCUCACAUGCGCAUUUGAAAGAAUAUCAUUUAAAAUACUCAUAUAUACAUAUAAAUUAUUAGCUGGAUAGAUUUUUUAUAAUCGGUCGUACAAUUUUGAAGACUUUCAAAUGACAGUAGAAAUUAAUGUACUCAGAUGAUGUAUUUUGUGUCGCAUUGGAAUGCCAGUAAGUUUGUCGAAUGGAAAAUAAGAGUUACAAAGUGGCAGAUAUAAGCUCUUAUUAAUGUGGGGUUUAAAGUUAACAAUUGCAACUUUAUCAAUUAUGGUAAUCUAAGCUUUUGUAUAACUAUUAGUAUUGAAAAAUUUGGUAAAACGCUACGCGUAUUUAAAGAUUUUUAUACGUCGACGUUAUAGAUGUCAUUAUAUGACAUAUAAUAGAAAAAACAAAUUCUAAUAAUAAAACAUAACAUAAAAAGUAUGAAUUAAGACGCGAAUACAAAUAUAUUUUAUUUUUAUCUCCUUAAAGUAAAAUAUGAAAUAUUAAUCGUAAUAAAAAUUAUUUUAGAGAUAAGAUAAUUUUCUCUUUUUCUUAAGGAGAACACGAGUGUUCAUAUGUUUGUGAAAUGUAUAAAAAUAAUAACGGCUUAAUUUAAAGAAUAUGUAUUAAGACAGUUUACGAGAAAUUAGAGAUUUGAGAUAUUAUUGUAUAUGUUUUAUUCAAAGAUUUUACUUUAUAGAUUUAUUAAUACUAGUUUGAUUUUUCUUCCCUCGUAUAAUUGCCAUCUAAGACGCAUGUAAAAAUAUUUUUUUAAGAAACGGCAGCUAAAAGUUUUAAUUUUUUCUUGGUGCAAUUUAUGUAUAAAACAAUUUAUGUAGAACAAUUAAGUCAUAAUCAAAUUAUAUUAAUUUGAACGCAAUUUUUUUAGCGGAUAACAAAUCUUCUAUUUUGACAAGGAUUUUAAACUCUUUCUCGUUUGUGUGUGUGUGUGUGUGUGUGUGUGUGUGUGUGUGUGUGUGUGUGUGUGUGUGUGUGUGUGUGUGUGUGUCUGUGUAUCUGUAAAUUCUAUUCUCAAUUUAUUAUACAACUUUGCAAAAAACUUGAUUCAAUUAAUUAUCUCAAAUAUAGAUAAAGAUAAUUUGUAUCUGAUAUUAUUAUAUUUUUGUCGAAAAAUAAAGUUCUCAAAA